AUGGGGUCUGUCGGGUCACAGAUCUGUUGCUUUCUACGCCGGGCAUGCGAUCCGGAGCAGCGUGUUGAGAUGCGAUCUUUGGCAGCUCAACCUGCCCCACCGACGCCACAGCCACUGAAAGGAUAUACGCCAUAUGCGGGCCCAGGCCAGUUGGCUACCGGAGUUGCGGUUGCGACACCCGUACCCUGUGCAUCGGCUGCACCAGUGAUGGCCUGUGCCACGCCGGUGGAGAUGUCGCCUGUGUGCCAGAACGGCUUUCCAUGCACACCUCAUGCCGAAAGCAUUCCAGUCACUGGAAUGGCUGUCUCCAGCCGGUCUGUGCCGCAAACCUUGUCACAAGCGCAAGUUCAACUACCGGGUAAGCGGAAGAGCCUACUCGUUGGUAUAAACUAUUUUGGCACAGAGGCCGAGCUGUCUGGAUGCAUUGCAGAUGUCAAGAGAAUGCAGCCGUUUCUGGAGCAAUUAGGCUUUCCCUGUGACCAGCAGUGCCAGAUGGUGUUGCUCGAUGCACCUGGUUGGCCUCACUACCGGCGUCCGACUUUAGCCAACAUGCGACAAGCAAUCCGAUGGCUCGUGCAUGAUGUUCGGACAGGAGACGCGUUGUUCUUCCACUACUCCGGGCAUGGAGGCCGCGAGCCCUCUGCCUCAGGCGCAGACGGAUAUGUGGAGACUCUUUGCCCGGAGGACUAUGACGAAGAGGGCAUGCUGCUGGACACAGAACUCUUCGAGACGCUGGUGCGGCCCUUGCCAAGUGGUUGUCGUCUUACCUGCCUCAUGGACUGCUGCCACAGUGGUGGUGUGCUCAACUUGCCUUACCUCUUCACCGGCACUGAAGCCAACCUGAAGCAAGCUUUGGCUGGCAAAGCCGUGUCUCUGGCCCUCUCCAAGGAUUGGCUGCGGGAUUUGCAGUCUAUGCGCUCAGGAAACCCACUCGGACUUCUGGAAGAUGCCGCUAGCAUGGGCCUGGGGCUGUGGGGCCUUUGGAAGGAACACCAAGCCACAAAGGGCACGAACGAAGCUGGGUUCUCUACCGACGAAGCUGGAAAUGUCGGUCUCGCUGUGGGCGAGGUUGUGGCAAUCACCGGCUGCCGUUCUGAUCAGACGAGUGCAGACGUGGGUAACGUCCAAGCGCAGUUCCACGUCCAGUCCCGGCGCGGGUCGACGCUGAUUGGACGCAGACGUUCCUCAACGGGGUCCGCUGGGGGUGCAUUGACAUCUGUCUUUAUCGAAUCGCUGCAGGACCAAUCAGCGGCUUCCUUCACAUACUUGACUCUGCUCGAACAGAUUCGGGCUCGCCUUGAUGAGGAGGACUUUGAGCAGGUGCCGCAGCUGGCAACAUCCCUCCUCAUUGAGCUGAGUCAGCCGUUCUCCUUGACGACGAUCUCGCUGCCUGCCCAGACCAGCGCUCGCGGCCAUUCCACCGGGGCAAUGGAUGGCAGCCCUGGCAUCGCAUCAGGAUCUUCUGCACUGCUUGCCGGUUUCCUCAGUUCCAUGGCAUCUGCUCCACAGGGAGCCGCAAUGCUGAAUGAAGCACGAGGCGCUGGCGACGAGGCGUCUGCACUCGCAGAGCUGAGUGCAGCGGCACAAGGCUUUGCAGCGUCACAGAUGCUCGGAGGAGGUGCCAUUUGGUGGCAAGGAGAAACGUUCGAACAACGACCUUCCAUCCAAACGGAUGGGGCAAGCCCAAGCUCAAGUGCGAGCAGGUCUGAUGAGGAGGUGGGCGCAAGCGAUGAGGCAGAGGACGACUGGCUGUCCUCUGACCUCGAGGAUGUCGCAGAGGCGGCGACGGAUGUUUUCGACGACGAUUGUGUGGGAUUCCCUUGGACGCCCCAUGAUAAGGGUGGUCGAUUCAGCGUGGCACUGCUCCGGAUGCGAAUCCCACCUCUGCCACAGCUCUGGGCAGUUCUUGCAGCAGUGAAGGGCAAGGCUCUGCCAAGGAAGCCGAGGCACCCGCACUCCAAGACUCGCAAGAAGAAGCCCAGCCAGCUUCCGGCUCACAUCAAGGAGCUUUGCCGAGUCCACCGAGGGUUGAGCGAGAUUCAAGCGCGGCAUGAUCAGCUGCCUCUACCUCUCCAGAUUCCGGCGAGACAAGCUGCACAGUAUUUGCUAUUACCGGGUGUCUUGGGAGACUGCGUCAAUGUCGUCGGCACUUAUGCGGAUCGGGGCACGAUGGCAGCAGUUCGGGAGGCUGGUAGCGACGUUGCAGACUACGUGGCGCAGUUCCAGCUGUUUCGCCUGCUGCAUAUCGCGAAACUCAACAAGGACGUCUUUGGACAGCCGAAGAAGAAAUCCUUGACCAAGAAAAUAAAGGACACACGUGUCAAUCUGAAGCGCGUGUACUCCAUCGGCCCCGAGCGCGUCGAGGGCAUGUUGAAAGCGGUGUCGAAAGUGCGCCAUCCAACCUUGUCUUUGCGCAAGAGGAGAAGGCCAAAGUUGCCUUUCUUUGAGAUUUGGACGGCUUGUGCGACCAUAAACCGCGCUGCGACGCUCCUGGCGGACCUGCAGGCAGCUAAGUGCAAUAUCACUGGCCACGGAACGGAUUCGGAGAUGUAUGUGACUGCUGAGGAAUUCGCGGACAGGCUCGACAGGCAAGCAUCGAAAUCCAAAGGCAAGACCGGUGAGGUCAUGAUCAACGUGGAUGUGAUCGAAACCAUCCUUUUGGAGGAUACAGGCGUGUCGCAGGAUGGCAAAUUCAUAAAGCCAGAUGCUGUGGAGAAAGCCUUUGAUAGGGUCAACUCGAACAAUGAGGAGCCCCGUCACAGCAAGGAGCGGAAGGGCACAGGCUUCAUCACCAAGGCCAUGAUGAUGGACAUUCUGUCCAAGGUGGAGGACGAGGGCGACGAGGAAGAGCUGCAGUCGACUGCGGAAGCAGUUUCAGGCACCGGGCCAGCUCGGCGGAAUUCUCGGUGCAAGGAGCGCAAAGGCACAGGCUACGUUAGCAAGGACAAGCUCCAAAAGCCAGAUUGCCUUCUUGCAAUGGGAAGCAUCGAUUCCGUGGCUGGUGGCCUGGUCCUUUUGCAUGGUACGCCAAUGGACCAACGCCGCUUGCACAGAGGCGACACUCGAGGCUUGCUUGAGGAUGCUCAGCUGGAUCUGCCGGUGCGGCGGCGCUGGCCACACUGGUUGAAAGCCUUCAUCAAGGCAGGCUUGCAGCCAGCCUUGCAGCUCCGCUUGGCGGAACUCGCAGACUGGGAGAGCAAGGCCGGUUUGAAGACCUUGCUCGCGAACAAGCACCUUGGCAAAAGUCAAGAGGAUGGAUUUGAAACCGGGGAUCAGUGCCACACUGCUGCGAGUGGAUACAAAGUUGACGGGGUUGUCCAAGCACUUUCAAGUGAGCUGCUCAACAUGCAGCUUAGUCAGUUGUUCGUGAGCGACCCAUGCUGGGGCCUCCGCAGCUCAAAGUGUGCUGCCGCGAAAAGGUCUUUGCCAGGAUGGCGGAUUUUGACUUGCAAAGGUGUUAGCGACUUGUCCUAUGAUUUGCCGUCCAGAUGCAUCGAUCAGCUCUUGAGUGAUAUCCUUUCUGCCUCUGGGGUCGAGGGCUGCCCGGCUGCCCCUAACAGGGGAAAGGGGCCGGGAUGGGCAGAUGUGGCCGGCGAUCGACCUCCUGACGCCGAGGCAGGGGCAUUGCGAUGA